UUCUCCUUUCUAGUUUCCUCUAUUAUAGUUAAAUCUUUCGGUCUUAUUUAACGAUCUUAGAUUAGCAGAAGGUCUCCCCAAUUAAAUUUGUUGAAGAACAACACUAGGUCCCUCUUCUUCUCAUGAUUUGGAACAGAAGACACCCUUAAAAUUAAGAGCCACAAGAAUCGAUGACUUAUUCCAGGACCACUUGGUUUAAAGAUAUGGUAACAGAGAAUUGAAUAAAUGCAUCAACCUCUUUGAUUAAAACUAGACAACUUAUAAUCUUUCAUCCUUUCAAAUUUAAGGCCCCAUAUAAACAUAGCCACCAAGCAUCAGCACAUGGCUUUGCCUCCGGUGGUUAGUGACAAAAACUUCAGCUCUAACAGAAAGCCUGUCUGCAGCCUUUUGUAUAAAUAACCCCCCUUUUAUGAUAUGCUUUCAUCAUCAAUUACAAGCAUUAUCUAUUCAGACACCAAAUCGUUCUAAAUUUCUAGUUUACUUUCUUGUUUGUAGACUUCCAAGAAAAAUGGCAAUGCUCAGCGCUAAGAAACUCAUCAAGAUGGCUAGGAGAUGGCAGAAGUUUGCUGCCAAGCAGAAGAAGAGGAUUUCAUUUCCGAGAAGUGGCAAUGAUUUAGAGGGUUGCAGUACAUCCUCAUCCUCUAUAGUUGAAAAAGGGCAUUUUGUAGUCUAUACAAUUGAUCAAAGCCGCUAUGCAUUUCCCUUGACUUACCUUGAAAAUGAGGUCGUUAGGCAACUUUUAAACAUGUCUGAAGAAGAGUUUGGACUACCGAGUGCUGGCCCUAUAACAUUACCCUGUGAUUCAGCCUUCAUGGACUACGUCGUUUCACUAAUCAAGAAAGGUGUAGCAGCCGGAGAUCUUCACAAAGCGUUGCUCCUAUCAAUUCCUUCAUGUUGUUGCUGUUCAACUUCUUCUUUGCACCAAGAAAGUAGAAAUAAACAGAUUCUUGUUUAUUGAGUCAUGACAUCAUGUUUUAUAAAUUUUAGCUCAAAAUAGAUUGUAUAGCUAGUGAAAAAUAGGCAACAGAAAGCAUGUAUUGUUACAAAUUGGAAUUCAGAAGCUUUAACAUACUCAUCUUUGGACUAAUUUUUCUGAAUGUAUAGAAU